AUGGGUGUGCUUCAUUGGGCACCUUUUCUGCUGUUCAGCGCUGCGGUAGUCCAGUCUGCACCUUCGCCAUCUGUGGUCAUCGAUGCCGGCGCCAUACUUGGAACGUCCACCUCUCUUCCUUCAUCUGAAGUCGUCGUAAACAAGUUCUUGGGUAUCCCGUACGCCCAACCGCCUGUUGGAGAAGAUCGUUUUCUUCCUCCGAAGCCUAUCACGACGCUCGCAUCAGAUCCGUUCAGUGCGGCCAGUUGGGGGAAUAAGUGCGUCGCAACGAGCGGUGCUCCCGAUGGACCUCCUGAAAGCGAAGAUUGCCUUUUCCUGAACGUCUACGCGCCGGCCGGAGUGGGGUGCUCAAAACCGGGCCGGCCGGUCUUGGUGUGGAUCCACGGCGGAUGGUUGCGGGAGGGGACGGCGAGUCAGCCGAUGUUCGACGGUACCGGCUUCGCCGCUGAGCAGGACAUUGUGGUUGUCACUUUCAACUACCGCCUCAGUGUCUUCGGCUUUCCGAACUCUCCUCAAUUGCCCCUCGAACAACGAAAUCUCGGAUUCCUCGACCAACGGCUCGCUCUCGAAUGGGUACAGAACAAUAUCCACGUCUUCGGCGGAGACCCGUCGAAGGUCACUAUUGCCGGAGAGUCCUCUGGCGGAUCUUCCGUCGAUCGCUUGGUGACCACCAUUCACACGAACCCUCCGUUCCGCGCAGCAGCUUGCUCCAGCGGACAGGCGACCGUGAGCGCGAUUGGGAGAGACUCUGGGCCACUUUCCUGGGCAGCACUAGUUUCCCUUGUUGGAUGCAGUGGUUCCGAUGAGAUCGAAUGCAUUCGCAACGUUGACGCCAAAACCCUUCGGGAUACGGCUGUCGCGAAUGGUCUCGACUUCAGUCCCGUCAACGACAACUUGACGCAGAUGGAGCUUCCUUACCUUCCAUCUCGCGCUGCCGGUCUCGUAGCACAUGUGCCGCUGCUCAUCGGCUCCUUGGGACAGGAGGGUACUUACCUUGGUCCCAUGUACGGCCUGAACACCUCCGCUGUCACCGAGGAGGAGAUUGCGAUGUUGAUUACCGCUUUGACUGGUGGCGACUCGGAAUUGGUCGCUGGUAUCCUCCAGAUUGUCCAGAUCAUCCAGCAGAGCACCGGCGUCUCGCUGUUCCGCGCUGCUACUCAAGUAUACACCGAAGUAGUUUACCAAUGUCCCGCUCUCCUCGUCUCCAGAACCUCAGCCCAGACCGACAUCCCAACCUGGCGCUACUUCUACAACGCCUCGUACCCGAAUCUCGCCGCUUCCGGCUACACGUCUGACGAACUGGGCGCGUCCCACGGCACCGACACGGCCAUGAUCUGGGGGACGUAUCCUAGAGAUGGCGCCGUCGAAGGACAGGCCGAAAUGAGUCGCUACUUGCAGAAGGCCUGGGGCAGCUUCGUCAAGGAUCCUUCUGGUAAAGGUCCCAACUGGGAGAAGGUGGACUCUGAAGGGAACAACAUUGCCUGCAUCGGAUGUGGCGGGGAGAUUGGGCCCGUGAUCGUUCCAUCUGCGGCGCUUGACGGAUUUUGCCCCGUGUACGAACCGUACUUUAGUCGUGUGAAGACGCCGUUUGUAUGA